AUGAAUGAACCGCAAGGCCUGGAGCCAGGCAAGCUCGCCCUUCGCAACCAGAGCGAUAUCACAAUCAGCUUCGACUCUUCUCAGACGGCCGACCCCAACCCCGAUGACCCUGCCUUUGUGGUCGAGGAAGAGCGGCCAAGUUGGCACGGUUAUGUCGAGGCUCAUAAGCGGUUUAUACGCUACAAGUUCCCGCCACCGCCCGAGUUGCAGCUUGGCCCUCUCCCGCCGACGAACCCAGUGCUUGAGGGCAAUGUGCCAGAGGAGAGCUGGGAGAUCGUGCAAAAGGCACCCAAGCAUCUUCUCAAUAAGGACUCUGUCACGCCUAACGAGCUCCACUUCGUCCGCAAUUACGGCGGCAUCCCGACCCUCGGCCCCGGGGCAUUCGAUCUCUGCCUCGACGAACUCGUGAAUUACCCGCAGAAACUCACCUUGGCCGACCUGCAGGACGAGUCGAAGUUUCCGCGCUCCCUGGCCGAGGGGCCAAUCAGCACCGCGCUGUGGAGCGGAAUCAGCUUGAAAAAGGUGAUCAAGUACUGCGAAGGCCUCAAAGACGGCGGCAAGCAUAUUGAGCUGUACGGCGCCGAUAGCUACCUCAACGGCGGUGCUCCUCGCGUGGGAGAUGAACGGGAAGCCGUUGCUUGGAUCCAUGGAGCCCCGCUGAGGGCGGUUGUUAAUUAUGGCCUAACUGGCGCGAGGAAUGUCAAGUGGUUGUACCGCAUCAAAGCCAUCGAGAAGCCGAGCCGCGCGCCUGUGCAGUCCAGGGAGUAUCUCUACUUCCAGCAGCAGUACGGCAAGCAUAACCAGCUCCCUCACUUGGGCAUCCAAGUCCAGGAGAUGCCGGUGACCAGUGCCAUCAUGAUGCCUUGGCACAAGGAGGUUGUAGUACACAAACUCCAUAUAGAAGUGGCAGGUAAGGAACAGAGAAAUCUUAACUCUCCACAGAUCCGGUUGAUCGUUGACACCCAACAAGGUUGGGCUUAUUCCGGUGGCGGUCGCUGGCCGGAGCGAGUCAAGGUCUCCUCAGACGGUGGCUGGGCUUGGUAUCAGGUGCCUCCCGAGAACUUGUCGGCCAAACACAAAUGGACCUGGAGGACGUGGUCAAUUUCAGUUCCUUGCGACCAGGAGGGCUGGACAGAACUUGUUGUCCGCUGUUGGGAUAACAGUCUAAACAUUCAACAGAUGGAAGUCCGCCACAGCUGGAACUGGGGCCUCCAUGUGACGAGCAGCUGCCACCGAAUCAGAAAGAGGUUGGCCGAGUUUGAAGAGCACAAGGAGAGCUUCGUGCCCAUCACCAGGCCGACCGAGUUCAAGACGAUGAGUCUGGAAGAGUACAACAAGGUUUGGGCCAAUUUGAAGCCUAGGGAUGUGGAUGAUUGA